UCUGUCCUAGCGGUUCUCAGAGGCGAGCUCUGGCCCGGCUGUUGCUUUUCUCUGCUCACGAACCUCACUCCUUACCGGAAUCUGGAAUCGAGUGAGUUUUCUGACUGUUGAGCGCAGAACCGGGGAUUACUUGGAGAGAAAGCUGGUCCUAGAGGAACUGGACCGGCCGUAGAAAUGAGUCCUGCAGAUGCCCUUGACGAUGAAAAUACAUUUAAAAUUUUAGUGGCAACUGACAUUCAUCUGGGAUUUAUGGAGAAAGAUGCAAUCAGAGGAAACGAUACAUUUGUCACACUUGAUGAAAUUUUAAGACUUGCCCAGGAAAAUAAAGUGGACUUUAUUUUGUUAGGUGGUGAUCUUUUUCAUGAAAAUAAGCCCUCAAGAAAAACAUUACAUACCUGCCUCGAGAAAUUAAGAAAAUAUUGCAUGGGUGAUCGUCCUGUACAGUUUGAAAUUAUCAGUGAUCAGUCAGUCAACUUUGGUUUUAGUAAGUUUCCGUGGGUGAACUACCAAGAUGACAAUCUCAACAUUUCGAUUCCAGUGUUUAGUAUUCAUGGCAAUCAUGAUGAUCCCACAGGGGCAGACGCGCUCUGUGCCCUGGAUAUUUUAAGUUGUGCUGGAUUUGUAAAUCACUUUGGACGUUCAAUGUCUGUGGAGAAGAUAGACAUUAGUCCAGUUUUGCUUCAAAAAGGAAGCACAAAAAUUGCUCUGUAUGGCUUAGGAUCCAUUCCAGAUGAAAGGCUAUAUCGAAUGUUCCUCAAUAAAAAAGUAACGAUGUUGAGACCCAAAGAAGAUGAGAACUCUUGGUUUAAUUUAUUUGUGAUUCAUCAGAACAGGAGUAAACAUGGAAGUACUAACUUCAUUCCAGAACAAUUUUUGGAUGACUUCAUUGAUCUUGUAAUCUGGGGCCAUGAACAUGAGUGUAAGAUAGCUCCAACCAAAAAUGAACAACAACUCUUUUAUGUAUCCCAACCUGGAAGUUCAGUGGUGACUUCUCUUUCCCCAGGAGAAGCUGUGAAGAAACAUGUUGGCUUGCUUCGGAUUAAAGGAAAGAAGAUGAAUAUGCAGAAAAUCCCUCUUUGCACAGUUCGGCAGUUUUUUAUGGAGGAUGUUGUUCUGGCUGAUCAUCCAGACAUUUUUAAUCCAGAUAAUCCUAAAGUAACCCAAGCCAUACAAAGCUUCUGUUUGGAGAAGAUUGAAGAAAUGCUUGAAAAUGCUGAACGGGAACGUCUGGGGAAUGUUGGACAGCCAGAUAAGCCUCUUAUACGACUGCGAGUGGACUAUAGUGGAGGUUUUGAACCUUUCAAUGUUCUUCGCUUUAGCCAGAAAUUUGUGGAUCGAAUAGCUAAUCCAAAAGAUGUCAUCCAUUUUUUCAGGCGUAGAGAACAAAAGGAAAACAAAGGAGAAGAGAUCAACUUUGGGAAGUUCAUUACAAAACCUUCGGAAGGAACAACUCUAAGGGUAGAAGACCUCGUAAAACAGUAUUUUCAAACCGCAGAGAAGAAUGUUCAGCUCUCACUUCUAACAGAAAGGGGGAUGGGUGAAGCAGUACAAGAAUUUGUGGACAAGGAAGAGAAAGAUGCCAUAGAGGAAUUAGUGAAAUACCAGUUAGAAAAAACACAGCGAUUUCUUAAAGAACGUCAUAUUGAUGCCCUAGAAGAUAAAAUUGAUGAAGAGGUACGUCGUUUCAGAGAAAGCAGACAAAAAAAUACGAAUGAAGAAGAUGAUGAAGUCCGAGAGGCCAUGAGUAGGGCCAGAGCCCUCAGAUCUCAGGCAGAGGACUCUGCUUCCGCCUUUAGUGCUGAUGACCUUAUGAGUAUAGAUUUGGCAGAACAGAUGGCCGAUGAUUCCGAUGGUAGCAGCACAGCAGCAGCCAGCAAAGGAAGAGGCCGAGGAAGAGGCCGAAGAGGAGGAAGAGGACAGAAUUCAGUGUCAAGAGGAGGGUCUCAGAGAGGACGAGCAGGCACUGGUCUGGAGACUUCUACUCGAAGCAGAAGUUCAAAGGCCACUGUGUCAACAUCUAGAAAUAUGUCUAUUCUGGAUGCCUUUAAAUCUACAAGACAGCAGCCCUCACGAAAUGUUGCUACUAAGAAUUAUUCAGAGGUGAUUGAGGUGGAUGACUCUGAUGUAGAAGAAGACCUGUUUCUUACCACUUCAAGAGCAGAUCAAAGGUGCCUGAACACAUCAUCGUCAUCAUCAAGCAAACCCGCAUCCCAGAGCCAAACAGCUAAAGGGGUCAAUUUUGAAUCAGAUGAGGACGACGAUGAUGAUCCUUUUAUGAACAUUAGUGCUUUAAGAAACAGAAGAUAAUAUAUUUAAUGGCACUUUGAAGUUUUCAAGAUUCAGGAAAAAUCAAAAUGUUACAAGCUAAGAGUUUACAGUUGAAGAUUUUUAAAGUAUUGCUGUUAACUGAAGAAUUUGAAAGAGUUGUACUUAACAGAGAAACUAAUGUAUGAGAAUUUCAAUUUUUGAGUAUCAUUUCCUGAAGUGGGUCCAUUACUUGAGAAACAUCCGAGCUCAAGGACAUAUAAUAUAGCCUUGGUUUCCUUCAUUUUAUAUUUUGGUUGUUAACAUUACCUGGAGAUGCUCUAUAAAAUUUAGACUGUUAUUUUUCUGACGUAUAUUAGUGUAUGUCUUAGUGAGAACGUUGCUUAAAUAUUAAUCUUGAGUAGAGAUUAAAAUAAAUAUGCCAUUAUACAU